CACACGUCCACAUCGCUGUUGAUUUUGGGAGGCGUUUGUUGUUACCCACAGCCCAACCAUCUUCACAAUGAAACGGUAGAUUAGUGCCAUUUGAUACAAACUUUGAAAGAAAGAAAAUAACGAGCAUUGGGUUGCCAGUUCAGUAUGGAUUUAGCUACAUUUCAUCCCGUUUUCCUUUUUCUCGGCUUGUUUCAAGCGGUGGUGGCCGACGUGGAGCCGCCAACCAACCUGACCUUCCACUGCCACAAUCUGCACAACAAUCUGAAGUGGAGUUACGACCAGCUCUCGCCAGGGCUUAGAUUCCGAAUCGAUAUUUCAACUUUAAAUGGUGCUCCUAAUGUUGUUUGGGUGGACCCACCAGCGGAACUACAAGCCGACUUGUCAUUUCUGUCUGAUCCAAGUAAUGCCUACUAUCUUACCGUAACUGCCGUAAUGGGACAGAAUGAAUCUGUUUCCGCACCUCAUGAUGGAAUCAUUUUCAGCUAUUUCAAGGACUCUCCGCAGGGUCUGAAAUGUUUUGUGGACUUCCCACCAGUAAACGUCACUGCCCAACCGGAUGGCACUGUCCUGGUCCGCUUCACGCAUCCCUGGCUGGUGUACCAGCAUAAGUUGCAGAGGAGUACAAAUACCAAACCUAGGUUUAGGAAAAGCCAUGAUCCACAGCUACCUGUAUUUCAUUAUGAUGUCACGACCAUGAACCAGCGGGACUACAGUUCGCACUGUGUGGAGAGUGUGUGUGAGGCUGAGCUUUCAGUGGAUCCUGCACAGAAGAAACACUGUCUGAAGAUGAAAGGAGAGCUGCAGAAAAUGUCAGUUCGAGGGACACAAGAGUACUGCGUCGUGCCAGUAGAAGAAUCCCUAAGCUAUAUCGUCCACCUAUGUGUCGUGGGCACCCUGUUGUUCGUGAGUUCAGUUGCUUUUGUCCUCUUCAUGGUGUACCGAAAAAAGACCAAGCCUCUAACUUCUGUUCCGAACUCUAUGACCUUCAAGAGUAAAGUGAAGCAGUGGACCGUGGGACUGGUUCAAGAGACGGUCUCUGUGCCAGAAGUGGAGGCUACCUCACCGACACCUUUACUGCUAACAGAAGAAAACGAAUACGCAGCUACUGUCACUCCCUCUACUGAGCCCGAACUGCGUCUGGCCAUCGGGGUGUCGACCGAGGAUGAAGGUGUGUCUAAUGACGUGGAGGUAGGGAAUGACGAAGGACCUGGGUACAUGCCAGGCAGUAACUUGGAUGAAGAUGAAGCCCCCUCUGGUUAUGAGAGUCGUCCAGUGUUGGUUGAGUUAGCACCAGGUGAAUUGGCUGAGGGCUACCGUGGAUGAAGUAGGAACUUGUACUAUCUGAACGUUGUCACAAAUUGAAUGUUUGACAUUAGGAAAAUAGAGGCACUCUCCUGGAAUCCUGCAACCACUUGUCAUUAAAAAACGGAAAACUAUGAAAAUCUAAAUUUUAACAGCGACUCACAGUCGUGGUUGCAAAUUUCAGUUGGUUCAGUUUGUGUUAUUUUCUUGUCAGACCAUCUCAAUCCCAAGUGAAAAGAGAAUCGGGAAUGUGCCUCUUGUUAGUGCUCCUUGACGUCAGUUACAUUUUUCUUUGUAUUUAGAUUCAUAUGUCAAGCCUUUGGGGAAAAUAUUCCUGCAAAUCAAUUGCAACUAGAGUUGCAUUAGUUAAACGGCCUUACAGUUGCACGAUAAAAUGAAUCAAAGUAUUUGCUAAAUCGGAUCAGUCACCAGAAUGUUAGCAGUGUAGUAAUGUUUUCCGUCUAUUACGUACUUCAUUUCUGAUGUUUGUGUUUCAACCCUUGCAGCCUGUGAUCAAUUCUUCUGCCAUCACAAACGUUGCAUGCCUAACAGUGCUGAACAUGUUUGUAAAGCACCUCAUAUAUAACGUGAUUGAUUAUUUUACAGUACAUUACAUUCAUGUUACAGACACUUUUGUCUAAAGUGACUUAAAAUAAGUGCAUUCCCCCUCAGCAGGAACAAGAACUUUAUAUCACAUCAAGUCGUCAUGCUAUGGGGUUAUUACUACAGGACUCUAACUGCUGAACUCAUACUUCUCUUUGUUACCUGUUAGCUUUAUCAUGUACAGAAACCUACACAAUAGCUCAAAGGGACUUAACUGUGUUCUAUAUCCUGUAAUGUAUAUUGAAAUACUAACCACACUGUUACAUAAAAAUGUGAACCAUUCAAAUCCUACAUUUACAUCAAUUUGCAACUGUCGCAUGCCUGCAGGCAUCACUAUAUUUCAGCUACUGAACUAAAUGGUCGUAAUAUUGUAUUCACUGUGGAUUAAUUACCGUCGAUUUCCCUUUUGCUUAUUUGCACGUUUUUCUACUUGCUCGUAGCACCUUAAAGUCGCAGUAACACAGAACUUAACUUUUAUAAUUCAACUUAAUUCUGUGUGAAAUGGAAUAUUUGGGCGGGUAUAGUUGAUCAAGGCCUUCAGAGUCGAUUGGAUCCCUUAAAAACCUGAGUGUGGCUUAGCGAAUACAGAACAACACAGAUCUGUAGAGAAAUGUUUGCCUCCUUCCUCUCCCUGACUUGUUGGUAGAUCUGGAGGAGGAGAACGAUGGAGAAAUGAAUAAAUUAUUUAUUAACAAAAAGCCAAACAUGCACGCUCCGAUAUAAAAUCGCUCAGCUAGCUGCAACAGCCCACGAGCCAACAGCCAAGUGUGGUUUUAAAGGAUGGUUGGAAGGAGGAAGGUUGGCUGUUGCCCUAAAGUACAUUUAUUUAGAUAAAUGUAUAGACACCCAUGAGUUCAAGCUGUUUUAUGACAUUUAUUUGGCAAAUAAGAGAUAAUUGAGCAGUUAAUGCAGGGGGACACAGGCCUAGAAAAUGUAUUAGGACUUAAAUGCAUCUAUGCAGUUUGAGAACUGCAAUUAAUACAUUUUCUCAAGAAAUGAGUGGCGAUCUUGCACGGGAGGAUAAAGUGAGGUGAUGUUGUAACAUUUGUAUUGUGCAUUAUCUCCGGACUUAUAUACUUAUUUUUUCAGUCGCUUUUUGUUGUUUUGUAUUAAACUUUUUUUGAGUUAAAUAAAUGAAAACUCACAGAUGUUAAGUCAAUGUGAGGUAUCUCAGAAGGUUGAUAUGUUUAUACUCAGUGCUGAACAUAUGAAAACAGUGUCUGGCUGAAGUGAACCACAUUUUUUUAAGUGAUGCUGACAAUGAAAAAGAAAAAAAUGGUGCUUUUAUUUGUGCAAACAUUUUUAGUCCCCCAAUUUCAAAUAGGACAGCUAUAAAUACCAGCCAGAGUGAUUGUUUGGAUGUAAUGAUGUUUGGAUGUGUUGUUAGCUCUAGUUUGGAUUUUGGAUGAGGGGCCAGCCACUAAAACUCAAGCACUUGAUUCU